GACGUAACCGUAACCAAGUGGUGUCCCAUUUCAUAGGGGUAUGUUUUUACCCCUAGCCCUUACCACUUGGUUUUGAGGGACAAGGGCUAGGGGUAAGACAAAGGGGGUAGGGAAAGGGGUGAGAAAGAGAAAUGGGAUUCAGCCUUUGACCUAACACUUCCUCACAUACAACUGGUACAACUGGUUGUAUAGUGUGUACUUUUUGCUUAUAAUCUGUCUGUUUGCAUCUUGUGUUUGACGCUCGUUAUCAGGUGAGCACACUCGUUUCUGAGCUAUAGCUGUAACCGAGGUCACUUAGGUUUCUGUCUCCGGCAGCAGGUUGCUGCUACUCUUACAGAUAGAAGAAGAACUGAAGACAUGGAUCCAGCAAAGUUUGAUGCAAAGCCCGGAGACCUAAUCGAGAUCUCCCGUGGGUUAUACCAGCACUGGGCCCUCUACAUCGGUAACAUGGAAGUCGUUCAUUUUACCGCUGGAGAUGGUGAUAUUGGCGUGGAGGGCUGGGGGAAGGUGAAGCGGGAGAACAUCUGGAAAGUGGUGGGCAAUGAUAAGUUCCACGUCAACAACUCCUUAGAUGACAAGUACCCGCCUCGUGAGAUCGACAUCAUCGUGAAGGAGGCCAUCGGCAUGGUGGAUCACAAGCGGUGGUACUCCCUCUCGAUUAGCAACUGCGAGCACUUUGUCACAAAGCUACGAAACAACAUGGCAGUGUCUCGACAGGUGGGUAACGAGGUUCUCACAGCACUUCACGUUCUGACUGGGGCUGAAUCCCUUGUUAAAGAUGUCGACAAAAAAUAAAGGAGACAACCAAUGAGAGAACCAAGAAGACAAAACAACUGACAGCAAUGAGACAGCAAGACGAAAGGAAAGAUCCUGCCAUUGUUUGAGUCAGUUAACCUGGCACGGAGUAUGAUUUAAACAUUGUAACGUAAUAACGUUGGUGUAUUGCUGUCAACACACACACACCCACACACACACACCCACACACACACACACACGCGCACACACACACACAGUAUAUGAGAUUAGGCAAGCUUUUGUGGAG